AUGCGAUUCUUUAUACGGGAUCUUCAGCAACAAAUUGAAUGUCUUCACAAUGAAGCACCUAAACAUUCAGGUGAAAUCAUCAUAUAUCGUGGUCAAGGCUUACCAAACCAUCAGUUUCAGCAGAUGGUAAAUAGCAAAUAUGCUCUUCUUUCAUUCAAUAAUUUUCUUUCAACAAGUACCGAUCGACAGGUGUCUCUGGCAUUUGCUGACAGUGCUUGUAGUAAUCCUGAUCUAACGGGUAUUCUUUUUGAAAUCAAAAUUGAUCCUACUCUCUCUUCAACCCCGUAUGCCUCGUUAGAUACUCUAAGCCAAUUCGGCGAUUCUGAGCAGGAGAUUUUAUUUUCAAUGCAUACAGUCUUUCGAAUCGAAGGUUUCGAACAAAUCCAGGAUCGGCUUUGGCAAGUAAACCUGUCUUCUACGAAAGCUACUGAUCAACAACUGCAAGUUCUCCUAGAGAAUCUUAGGAAAGAUACGCAAUCCAAUAAUAGUUGGAAUCGAUUAGCUAAGUUAAUGGUGUAUAUGGGUGAAAUCAAGCAGAUGGAAGUAGCUUUUAACAAAUAUGUUAACUCCAUGGCUGACAAAUGUGAAUCUGAGUUGAAGCCUUAUUGGUCGGUGCUUGUAUGUGACGUGCAUCUAGCAAUCAUGAACCAAAACAAGGGAGAUCUUCUAACAGCCUUAACGAUCUAUCAGAGGAUACUUGAUGUUGUCAAUGAAAUCAACUUUUCAAAGUAUCCAUAUUUGGGUGGUGUUUACAAUAAUAUUGGUAAAUUGUAUUACGACCUGGCAGAGUAUCCAAAAGCUCUUUUCUAUCAUGAAAAGGCAUUACGAAUUCAACAAAAGAUAUCACCAUCUGAUGAACUUGCAUAUGCAGAAUUAGGUGAUACUAAAAGUACAUUUUUCUAUAUCAAGAAGCUCUUUGGAAGUCCAGACAAAUCUAAUGUUAUGUCUAUUGACUGUGAUGACAUACAUCGAGUACUGGGAGACAAAGGGCUUACGAGUUUGAAGUCGGUACUUAUAGAAAAAGAAGCAUCAACCUGUUGUGAUCGUUCGCCUUCAGCUGUUACCUACAGGAAUAUGGGAGCACUAGAUCAAUCUAUGGGAAACUUUCCUAGUGCACUGUCAUUUUAUCAAAAAGCAUUAGAUCUACAGAUGACUUCGGCCUCUUCUACCCAUGCCGAUUUGGUUUCUACUUACAAUAAAAUUGGUGAAGUAUACCAGUUGAUAGGAGACUACUCAGCUGCGCUCGCCUCUUAUCAGAAAUCACUUGCAAUCCAGAAAAAUUUGCCUUCCUUGGAUCCUGUUAAUCUCGCUGCGACAUACAAGUUCAUUGGUGAAAUAUAUGUAUCUAUGAAAAAUUUUUCGCAAGCACUAGUAUUUUUUGAAAAGACGCUCGAAAUUCAAGAAAGAUCGCCACCUGUCGAUAAUCGUGAUCUCAUCGCAUUCUAUGUACAAGUUGCUGCUGUAUAUCAUUCUACUCUAAAUUAUUCUGCUGCCGUAGUGUUCUAUCAAAAGGCACUGGAUGUUGACGAAAGAUUACUGUUAUUAGACGAUUCCGAACUUGUCCUAAUCUAUGGUCACAUCGGAGCUAGUUAUGAAUCAUUGCAAGACUACCGUAAAGCAUUAUGUUUUCGAGAAAAAACGUUAUGUAUUCUCGAGAAUUGUGUACCAUCGGAUGAAGCCAAAUUAUUUGUGAGCUACAAAAAUAUUGGGACACUUCAUUACUUGUUACACAACGACUCGAAGGCACUUGCUUUUUAUCAAAAAGCACUUGACAUCAAAGAAAAAACUGCGUCUUGCAAUGAGUCCGAUCUUGAUAUGAUCUACUAUAACGUUGCAGAUACCUAUCUAUCAGCAAAAGACUAUCCAAAAGCACUGUUUUCACUGGCCUGUUUUGAACAAACCCUUGAAAUUAUUAAGCACUCGAUUUCCUACGAUAUGAGAAAUAUUGCAAUGACUUACACUCACAUCGGCAAUGUGUAUCGAUGUCUCACAGAUUAUUCAAUGGCAUUUAGUUUUCAUCAAAAGGCACUCGAAAUUCAAGAGGCAUCUUCCAAUAUGAGUCAAACUGAUUUGGCUACUAUUUAUGGAAAUAUUGGUGAAGUUCACCAUGGAUUGCAAGAUUUCUUAACUGCUGUUUCAUUCCAUCAAAAGUCGCUUGAAAUCCGAGAACAAUUUCUCCAUGUUAAUCAUCUAGAUUUAGCUUUAACGUAUAGCAAUCUGUCCAUAGCAUCCGAAGGUUUGAACCAAUAUAAUGAUGCCUUGAUAUAUGCUAAACGUGCCGUCAAUAUUUCUCGCAAUGCCUUUAAUUAUGGCCACCCUGAUGCAUUAAUGUUUCGACAAAAUUUGGACGAAUUGUGUAGAAAAUUAUGCUUGGAUCCGUCGGAAGUAUAG